CGAAACAAGGCGUGUAUAGCCGGUUGUAGAGACACGGCGCGCGCUCAGGUUUCUCCGCCUCCGUCUGCAGGUAUCAUCAUCUUCAUCAUCUUCAUCAGUCCCGCAGCGCUGGAUUUUAUCUCUCUUAUUUAUCCGCUGUGUGUUUUGUCCUGACUGCACCUCUUACACACACACACACACACACACACACACACACACACACACACACACACACACACACUCACUCCCUCUCUCCCCCCACCGAGGCUGUUUCAUGAGCGCUAGAGGAGACACACCGCUGCGGAAACGUGUGAGAGAACCUCUGAGAGAACCCAGAAGAUCCUGAUCCUCUCACCUGAGCUCCCGGCGCACGAGCCUCACAAAGAUGACAUGGCGUCCUCAGUACCGCAGCUCAAAGUUCCGUCAUGUGUUCGGUAAAGCCGCCACUAAGGAGAACUGCUACGAUGGAGUGCCAAUCACCUGCAGUGUCCAUGACAACCAGCUCUGCGCCGUCAACCCGCGAUUCCUCGCCGUCAUCACAGAGUGUGCAGGGGGCGGAGCUUUCCUCGUCCUCUCCAUCAGUCAUACAGGGAAAGUGGACCCCCAUCACCCAAGGAUCUCUGGUCACAGAGGGAACGUUCUGGACGUCAAGUGGAAUCCGUUCAACGAUUUCUGCAUAGCUUCCUGUUCAGAGGACGCGACGGUGAAAGUGUGGGACAUUCCUAAACAUGGUGUUUUGAAGAACAUCACAAUUCCAUGGAAGGAGCUUCAGGGUCACUCACGCCGAGUCGGACUCAUCGAGUGGCAUCCAACCGCCAGUAACAUCCUGUUCAGUACAGGCUAUGACUACCGGGUGAUGGUGUGGAACCUGAACUCACCUGAGCAGGUGAUUAAGAACCCGGUGCGUUCCAUCAGCAUUCACACAGAUGUGGUUCUCUCCAUGUCCUUUAACACAGACGGCAGUCGCUUAGCCACCUCAUGUAAAGACAAGAAGAUCCGCAUCAUCGACCCGCGCACAGGAACACUGCUGCAGGAGACCAGCACAAAGAUACACAGAGCCAGUAAAGUGAUGUUUCUGGGGAAUCUGAAGAUGCUGCUGUCGACGGGGAACUCUCGCUGGAACCAUCGGCAGAUUGCCCUGUGGGAUCAGGAGGACCUCUCCCAGCCAUCGUUUCAGGAAGACCUGGAUGGCUCCUCGGGUGUGUUGUUCCCUUUUUACGACCCUGACACACACAUGCUUUACAUAGCUGGCAAAGGAGAUGGAAAUAUCCGAUAUUACGAAAUCAGCUCGGAGAAACCGUAUGUGCACUACCUGACUGAAUAUCGCUCUCUCCUCCCACAGAAAGGAAUGGGUGUGAUGCCGAAGCGAGGGCUGGAUGUUUGCUCUUGUGAGGUUUUCAGGUUUUACAGACUGGUGACCACAAAGAGUCUCAUCGAGCCACUGUCCAUGAUCGUCCCACGCAGGUCUGAAUCCUAUCAGGAGGAUAUUUACCCGAUGACAGCUGGGAAGGAAGCAGCCAUGACAGCGGAGGAGUGGCUGAGUGGCAUGGACAAAGGGCCAGUGCUGGUGUCCCUGAAGCCGGGCGUGGCCACUAAGGUGGAGCUGGAUGAGGAUGAGGAACCGGUGAAAGCUCCAAGUGUUCAAUUAGACACCCGACGGUCUCAGAGUCGACCUGGUCUUCAGCAGCUUACCUUCGCUGAACGCCAGAGGAACAUGGAUGAGGAAAGACAGGAAGUGAAGAAAGAGGACAGGAAAGAACAGAACUUCUCUGAGACCAUUGCUAAUGGACAGCGAGACAUCACACUCUGCUCACCGCCUAAAACUGAAAACGAGCUCUUGCAGCUAUAUUAUAAGCAACAGGAGGAGAUCCGGCGGCUCCGUGAGCUUCUCGGUCAGAGAGAUGUUCGGAUAAAGCAGCUCGAGCUCGAGAUAAAAAAUGUCAGGAACUCCCGCUGAGGAGGGGGAUACACACACACACACACACACACACACACACACACACACACACACACACACAGAGGACCUCAAGCUGCCUAAACCUGCUUUAAUCAUGGAACACUGCGUCACUUUUGUACAGCUUUGUGCGUAAAUGUGGCUUCAUUUAGUUUCGCUUUGUUUUGUUUUUUUUACGCCUCACAGCUAUGCAAGGUUAUUUUUAAUCAUUUUUAUUUUGAAAAAAAGGAAUGAUGUGCCUGUCUUAGAUAAUGCGUUCAGGUGUUUUAUGUCUGCGAGCGUGUGUGUGUGUGUGUGUGUGUGUGUGUGUGUGUGUGUGUGUGUGUGUGUGUGUGUGUGUGUGUGUGUAUUAAUCUCCAGGUAAGACAUGAUGAUGAUGAUGAUACACUGUAUGAAUGUGUGUGUGAGUGAAAGUGCUGUAUGAUAAAGUUACGGGUAUCUCACAGCGACACGCUUUACUUCUCUCUUAUUUAUUUUCUUGUGUUCCGCUUUGUGUAUUAACUCUUCUUUUGUUUUUUUUUAAAAGCCAGUGACCAAAAAAAGAGCAAAAGAUAAUUAAGAAGCCUGGAACUGUAGCUGAAGAUGUGAUGAUUGUUGUGAAAGAGCAGCGCAGGGUUUAGGAUGGUCUUCUCACAGCGCUGAGCUGCGCUCGCUCUUUCUCAAACUUGCUUUAAUUCAACACACUGCCGUUUUAGAAAAGAAUCUAAUAAAAUAAUAUAUGUAAAAUAUUUUAAACCAUGACCAACACUUCCAGUAUACAUGUCCGUGAUCCUGCAAUAAUGUUUUAAUAAUUCUAUUAAUAAUGUUAUGUUUUCACGUGUUUUUCACGUGUUUUCACGUGCUCUGAUGGUUAUAUUACACUGGAUUCUGUUUUUAAAACAUCACUUUUCUCUUAACUGGAUUUUGUUUUACUACACAUUUACUUAUUUUUAUUUUUAUUAGCUCCAUUAAUAUUUGUAUCCAUUUUUAGUUCACUGUUUGGAUAUGAAUAAGAAUUUAGACUGGAUUUAUGGCUUGUGUAUAACGAGGGAACACACGUUUACGAUUUCUUUUCUUAAGUAAUUUUCAGUUUAUCACCAUGUUUCCCACAACUGCGAGAGAGAUUCACUUUAAACUCUCUCUCUCUCUCUCUCUCUCUCUCUCUCUCUCUCUCUCUCUCUCUCUCUCUCUCUCUCUCUCUCAGGUUACUGUAUCACCUGUUUUAUUAGCACAUCUUCACUCUGGUCUAAAGUUUAUUAAUAACAGCUUUAUAAGAACAA